CGGGCAAAGACCUUAACUCCGAAGCUUUUUCUCGAAGUUCUAGAAAAGUUACAAGCACCCUUUAUCGAUCUUUGCGACUCGCUCGACAUUGAGAGAAUUUCUUUGCGAAUAAUUUCUUUGCGUUUGACUUGAUCGCAAGUUGCUGCUUCUACACAUUAGAUCGGAUUUUGCAUACACAGAUCGCCAAUAUGCCAGCUCAAGGCAAAGCAAAGGGCAGUCGCCGCAAUGAAGGCACUUCCUCUUCUGCUGCAGCGAGUGAUCCUCGCUUCGCAUCCAUGACCACAGAUCCUCGCUUCCGCCUCCCCUCAGCACGACACAGCAAAGUUGGAGUCGACAAGCGUUUCAGUCGCAUGUUCAAGGACGACGACUUUUCCAAGAAAGCCACCGUUGACAAGUACGGUCGUAAGGUCUCAAAGGGCAAUGCGAAGAAAGAGUUGGAACGUUUUUACAAGAUUGAGGAUGGAGAUGAGGAGGAAGAAGAUGAGGAGUCAGAGGAAGAGAUGGGCAAGGCACAGAAGGUGAAGGCCAAGAAGAGCAAAAAGCCUACGAGGGAUGUUGUCGGAAGCGACAGUGAGAGUGAAGAGGAGGUUGUUGCCGACGAUGACGAAAUCGAGGCCGAGUUGAAGAGGUUGGAUGACAGAGUCAGAGAUCCCGCAAGAGAGGGUGGUUUCUCUUCGUCUGAAGAUGACAGCAGUUCAGAAGACGAGAGCGAAGAAGAGGAAGAGAUCGAGGAUGAUGCAGUCGAGUUCCCUAACGAGGGAGCGGCUGAAGUGCCUCUAGGCGAUGUUUCGUCUCGUCUGGCCGUCGUCAACCUCGACUGGGACAACAUUCGCGCAGAGGAUCUCAUGGCUGUCGCUCAGAGUUUCGCAUCAACCGGUCGCGUUUCAAAGGUCGUCGUGUACCCCAGCGAGUUCGGCAAGGAGCGCAUGGAGAAGGAAGAGCUCGAGGGCCCGCCGAGAGACAUCUUUGCCAGCGCCACAAAAGAGAUCGACGAAGAUGAGGAUACCGAUGACGAGGAAGAGAGAAUCAAGAAGGAGCUAUUGAAGGGAGACACUGGCGAGGAGUUCGAUUCAGCAAAGCUGCGUCAAUACCAAUUGGACCGCCUGAAGUACUACUACGCCGUCAUCACCUGCGACUCCAAGGAGACGGCAAAGUCGCUCUACGAUGGCAUGGACGGCCGCGAAUACCUCUCCACAGCAAACUUCUUCGAUCUACGAUUCAUCCCUGACGAGGUCGACUUCGACACCGACACACCUCGCGACGAAUGCACAAAGAUCACCUCAGGCUACAAGCCCAACGAAUUCGUCACCGAGGCCCUCACUCACAGUAAAGUCCGCUUGACAUGGGACGCCGAUGACACCACGAGAAAGGAGGUACAAAAGCGCGCCUUCUCGCGUGCCGAGAUUGACGAGAACGACCUACAAGCAUACAUUGGUAGCGACAGCAGUGAUGGCGAAGACGACGACACAGGCUUGACCAAGGCCGAGCAACAAAGACAAAAGAUGCGCGCUGCACUAGGUCUUUCUUCCGCACCUUCAAAGUCAAAGUCAAAGGACGAUGGCCCCGUAGGAGACAUGCAAAUCACAUUCACAUCUGGUCUCUCCAACGCCGCCUCAAAAGCCAACGGCGUCUUCGAAAACGAACCCAUCAUCGAAGAAACUACACGCGAAAAGUACAUUCGCAAAGAAAAGGAACGCAAGGCCCGCCGUAAGGAAAAGAUGAAGGCAUCAAGAAACGGCGAGACUGUAGAGGAAGGUUCAGACGACGACGCCAUUUCAGAGAAGAAGUCUGCAAAGGAAGAAGUCACAGCACCAGCAGACGAAGAAGACCCCUUCAACGACCCCUUCUUCAACGACACAGUGACAGCACAAAAGGCCGAAAAGCAAGCUCGUAAAGCCGACCGUCAAAAGAAGCGCGAGGCCCGUGAAGCAGCGGACGCAGCAACAGCAGCCAAGCGCGCCGAACUCGAACUCCUCAUGGUCGACGACAAAUCAGACAACAUGCGCCACUUCAACAUGAACGAAAUCGCCAAAGCUGAAAAGACCCUCAAGAAGAAAUCCAAGAACAACAAGAAAGCCAAGGAUGCAGCAGAAGUGUUGGGUCAAGAUGACUUCAACAUGGAAACCCAAGAUCCCAGAUUCGCCAAGUUGUUCGAGAGUCACGAAUUCGCCAUCGAUCCUACGAAUCCUAGAUUCAAGGGUACACAGGGUAUGAAGGCGCUGCUCGAGGAGGGCAGGAGGAAGAGAAAGGGCAGAGCUGAUGAGGAUGGUGAGAGAGCUGAUGCACCGCCAGCUGAGAAGAGGGAGAAGAAGGCAAAGACUGAGGCUUCCUCCGGUGGCGAAGAUCUGAACUCAUUGCUCGCUAGAGUCAAGGCAAAGACCAAAGCCAGAUAGAUUCGGUUGGAAACUUGUAAAGGCAUCAUGGCAUAAUUGAAAGGCAUUUUUUUAUAUCCACAUAGAGCUCUCAGCUCGACAAUGCACUUUACUAAAUACUCAUCAAAAGGCAUAAUGUUUAUUCCUGCUGGUCAUCGAUGUUAGAGAUAUGUAGUACGCCGAACAGGAAAUAACCUGUCCGAGGAUAGAAACAAGCAUCCUGGCUGGAAGCUUAUAUAGGUGGAAGUGAAUUAGGGC